AUGUCUUCUUCAAACUUCUUAUUUUUCUCACUAGCUCUACUAAUCCUCACACUCUCCCCCAUACCAAAUUUUGCUUCUUCUUCUUUAGAGGAAGCCAAUGCUCUUCUUAAAUGGAAAACAAGCCUUCAAAUCCCAAACAAUUCCUUGGUUUCUUCAUGGAUUUCCCUCCCUUUGAAUUCUAGUGCAUUAGUUCCAUGCACUUCUUGGUUUGGAGUAGUUUGCAAUGCUGAUGGGAGCACUCAGAGGCUAAACCUUAGUUCAUGUGGCUUAAACGGUACACUCCACCAAUUUCCAUUCUCUUUGCUACACAAUCUUACAUAUCUUGAUCUCACUAUAAACAACUUCUUUGGCCCCAUCCCACAAGAAAUCCGACUCCUCUCCAAACUUGUAUAUCUUGAUUUUUCAGUGAAUAAGUUUUCUGGAGUAAUCCCACCUGAAAUUGGAACCCUGCACCAACUAUCCAUCUUGUACCUAAACUCAAACAAUAUAUCUGGCUCAAUUCCUUCAUCAUUGGGUAAUUUGAAGUCUCUCACUAAGCUUAGUUUGAGUCGUAAUCAACUUAGUGGUUCUAUUCCGUCAACAUUGGGUUAUUUGACAACGUUGAAUGUCCUUUAUUUGUACUACAAUCAACUCUCUGGUCCCAUUCCUAUUGAACUUGGGAAUUUGAAGUCUCUCACUGAUCUUCAGGUGAGCAACAAUCAGCUUAAUGGUUCCAUUCCUUCAUCAUUGGGUGAUUUGACAUCCUUGAAUGUCCUUUAUUUGUACUACAAUCAACUCUCUGGUCCCAUUCCUAUUGAACUUGGGAAUUUGAAGUCUCUCACUAAGCUUGGUCUGAGUAACAAUCAACUUAGUGGUUCUAUUCCUUCAUCAUUGGGUGAUUUGACAUCUUUGAAUGUCCUUUAUUUGUACUACAAUCAACUCUCUAGUCCCAUUCCUAUUGAACUUGGGAAUUUGAAGUCUCUCACUGAUCUUGAGGUGAGCAACAAUCAGCUUAAUGGUUCCAUUCCUUCAUCAUUGGGUGAUUUGACAUCUUUGAAUGUCCUUUAUUUGCACCACAAUCAACUCUUUGGUUCCAUUCCUAUUGAACUUGGGAAUUUGAAGUCUCUCACUGAUCUUGAGGUGAGCAACAAUCUGCUUAAUGGUUCCAUUCCUUCAUCAUUGGGUGAUUUGACAUCUUUGAAUGUCCUUUAUUUGUACUACAAUCAACUCUCUGGUCCCAUUCCUAAUGAACUUGGGAAUUUGAAGUCUCUCACUCAUCUUCAGGUGAGCAACAAUCAGCUUAAUGGUUCCAUUCCUUCAUCAUUGGGUGAUUUGACAUCCUUGAAUGUCCUUUAUUUGUACUACAAUCAACUCUCUGGUCCCAUUCCUAUUGAACUUGGGAAUUUGAAGUCUCUCACUAAGCUUGGUCUGAGUAACAAUCAACUUAGUGGUUCUAUUCCUUCAUCAUUGGGUGAUUUGACAUCUUUGAAUGUCCUUUAUUUGUACUACAAUCAACUCUCUGGUCCCAUUCCUAAUGAACUUGGGAAUUUGAAGUCUCUCACUCAUCUUCAGGUGAGCAACAAUCAGCUUAAUGGUUCCAUUCCUUCAUCAUUGGGUGAUUUGACAUCUUUGAAUGUCCUUUAUUUGCACCACAAUCAACUCUUUGGUUCCAUUCCUAUUGAACUUGGGAAUUUGAAGUCUCUCACUGAUCUUGAGGUGAGCAACAAUCUGCUUAAUGGUUCCAUUCCUUCAUCAUUGGGUGAUUUGACAUCUUUGAAUGUCCUUUAUUUGUACUACAAUCAACUCUCUGGUCCCAUUCCUAUUGAACUUGGGAAUUUGAAGUCUCUCACUGAUCUUCAGCUGAGCAACAAUCAGCUUAAUGGUUCCAUUCCUUCAUCAUUGGGUGAUUUGACAUCUUUGAAUGUCCUUUAUUUGUACUACAAUCAACUCUCUGGUCCCAUUCCUAUUGAACUUGGGAAUUUGAAGUCUCUCACUGAUCUUCAGUUGAAGCAACAAUCAGCUUAA